AUGUCAUUCAAUAAGAACCUAGCCGGGCUUUGUGGUUUCACACACUCGGACUUGGAAGACGCCCUAGAGGGAAUCUACGAAGAUCCUGAAGUCUACAACGGUUUUCUUUCAGAAAUGACUAAAUUUUUCAACGGAUAUCAUUUCUGUAAAGAUAAAACGGUCGAAACUGUUUACAACACGGAGACGUGCUUAGCAUAUUUUCAGUGUCGUAUCGACGGAGGCACACCAGAGACUCGAGACCCGGAAAACUCUGAAGUAUCUGAACAGUGUCUUGAGAUUUGCUGCUUCGACGCCAGUGAUAAGAGCCUUCGAAAAAGCACCGGAAUACCUGAAUUUACGCUUCGAGACUUGAAUGAGGAUGAAGAUUAUUCUUCGUCGCGUUCACUAAUUAUCUACUUUGGCGGCCUUAGGUUUCACCCAGAAAAGCCGACAACGCACCUUAAGAUACCGAAUAGGGUUGCGGCAGAUCGUAUCGCUCUCGCGGUCCUUCAAAAGUAUGGUCUGUGUAACUCUCUCUCAGAAGCACUUCGGCAUCUCGUGGACUACGGAGAACUUGAACAAACGUUGGGUUGUUAUCGAGAAUUGAUGAUGCAACGAGACAUCACCACCCAAGAUCUGACCAAAACGCAUGAAGCAGCCCAUCGGGAUAGCUUCUAUUUCAGCCUCCUGCGAAACCAUUUACUUGCUCCACACGAAGAAUUCAAGGUGAUAAAGGUAAUCCACUACUCACUGUUAGCUGGGCAAUAUCUGACUUGUCGUGUAGCCAAAGCAAACGGUCGUAUCCUCCACAUUCCUGGACAACUGAUAGUUACCGAAGGGAAGUCCUAUCGAAUUAACUUCCUAAAUAUACAGGCCGGCGAUAGAAAUGCGGAUCUCGCUAAAGCAGACAUCCUGCGCGACCACAAGCUCUCUGAAAUUCUUCAGCUUGGUUUCGGCACUUGGGACAAGUACCAUCAAGGAACAAUUAGAUAUGGGUUUUGGCAAAUGAGGCCCGGCAGCUAA